UGGCAAGGCGUCAGUAGACGCAUAGCUGACUACAUUAUUAGAUAGUUAUGACUGCCGUGUGCGUAUAAGCUAAACCAACAAAGCAGUUCAUAACAACCUGUUUUAUUUGUUAAGAUGUUGCUAUGAAAUGAGAAAAACAUGGGAGCUAAAGAGUCAAGGAUAGGUUUCCUCUCGUACGAAGAGGCCAUCAACAGAGUAACUAAUGUGGAACUCCAGCGUCUGAAGGAUGCCUUCCGGAGGACCAGUGGCCUGUCCUGUUACAUGAGCCAGCAGUGCUUCCUCAGGGAGGUGCUGGGAGACGUCGUACCACCCAGGAUUGCUGAGGUGAUAUACAGCUCAUUCGGUGGGACCUCUAAAGGCCUGCACUUCAACAACCUAAUUGUUGGCCUGGUUCUCUUGACUAGAGGACGUGAUGAAGAAAAAGCUAAAUACAUUUUCAGUCUGUUUGCCAGCGAUCUGGGCAAUCAUGCAACGCGAGAGGACAUGGAAAGCAUGCUGCAGUCUGUGGAUGGAGAGAUCCCACUUUCUCUCAGGAAGUGUUUCUCUGAGGGUGAGAAGGUAAAUUAUGAUAAAUUUAAGAGCUGGCUCCUGCAGAACAAGGAUGCCUUCACCUUCUCCCGCUGGCUCCUGUCCAGUGGGGUGUGUGUCACCCUGACAGACGAUAGUGACACACCCACCUUUUACCAGACCUUGGCUGGAGUAACACACUUAGAGGAAUCGGAUAUCAUUGACCUGGAGAAGAGAUACUGGCUGCUGAAAGCUCAGUCUCGGACAGGACGAUUUGACCUGGAAACCUUUGUCGCUUUAGUUUCUCCCACUAUUCAUACAUCCCUAAGUGAAGGUUUGUUUCAUGCCUUUGAUGAAAACAGGGACAAUCACAUAGAUUUUAAGGAAAUCUCUUGUGGACUAUCUGCUUGCUGCAGAGGGCCUUUGGCAGAGAGACAGAAGUUCUGUUUCAAAGUGUUUGACGUUGACCAUGAUGGGCUUCUGUCUCGAAAGGAAAUCACAGAAAUGGUUGGGGCAUUACUGGAGGUGUGGAAAGACAAUCGCAUAGACCUUCUACCUGAAGCGGACACUAAUGUCCAUGCCGUUGUGGAAGACAUCCUGAAGGAGCAUGACACCACUAAGCAAGGGCAUUUGACCCUGGAGGACUACCAAAUAUGGAGUGUGAAGAGUGCAUUUGCCAAUGAGUUCCUCAACCUGCUGUUUCAGGUGUGUCAUAUUGUCCUGGGGCUGCGGCCUGCUUCCCCUGAAGAGGAGGGACAGAUAAUCAGGGGCUGGUUGGAGAGGGCGAGCAGACACGGCCUCCAGCCAGGAGACUACUGGUUCCUCAUAGCAGUGCCAUGGUGGCAGCAGUGGAGGGACUACGUCAAAUAUGAUAACAAGCAUAUUGUGGUGGAGCAGCCAUUAGUGUUUGACACAGUGAGGAGUGGUGUAGGGGCCGGAACCCAGGCCAGGGCAGAGCAAGGCCCAGAGGGGGAGAGCAUGGCCAGCUCCCACAGCUCCACAGAGGAGAAGUUCAUAGACAACAUCUCCAGUGCAUCAGAGGCCUCCGAGACGACCAGCGGCAGCCUUCUACCCCGGGGCUCGACUGCUACGGAUAUCUGCUUUGCCCGUCAGCAUGAUGACACAGACAACCAGUGCUUCCUGGGGGCUGAUGGGAACAUGGUGGUUCUAAGGCCUGGGGCCAUCGAUAACCAGCCUCUGGUCAGAUCAGAGCCCUUAAAGGCUCCCACAUUGACUAUGGAGGGGGGCCUACUGAGGCGCUCCCCGUCCCUGAUUCUAGGCAGGGACUUUGAGGUUGUGCCAGAGCCUGUGUGGAGGGCACUCUACCACUGGUACGGAGCCAACCUGGGUCUCCCCAGGCCGGUGAUCAGAAACACCAAGACAGACUGUGCUGAGCUGGAGCUGUUACCCCGACACCUGCUCUUCCUGAGGCAGCAGCAGCCCCCCCCCCGCACCCCCCAGAACAACGUCUGGGUCAAUAUGGGUAACGUUCCCUCUCCUAGUGCCCCCCUAAAGCGUGUGUUGGUCUACACGGGCUGUUUCAGUAGGGUGGGCACCAUCAAGGACAUCCAUGAAUACCUGUCCCAGAGACUCCGCAUCAAGGAGGAAGACAUGCGCCUCUGGCUCUACAACAGUGAGAAUUAUCUGACCCUCCUUGAUGAUGAAGACCAUUCCCUGGAGGGGUUGAAGAUCCCAGAUGAACAGUACAUGGUCAUAGAAGUUCGGAACAAGGACAUGAGCUGGCCAGAGGAGAUGUCUUUCAUCGCUAACAGCAACAGGAUGAACAGACACAAUGUCCCUACUGAGAAAGGUGCCACUGGACUGAGCAACCUUGGCAACACGUGCUUCAUGAACUCCAGUAUCCAGUGUGUGAGCAACACCAAGCCUCUCACAGACUACUUCACCUCAGGAAACCACCUUUACGAACUCAACAGGACCAAUCCAAUUGGGAUGCGGGGUCACAUGGCCAAAUGCUAUGGUGAUCUGGUUCAGGAGUUGUGGAGCGGAACACAGAAGAACUUGGCCCCUCUGAAACUCAGAUGGACGAUAGCGAAGUACGCUCCCCGGUUCAAUGGCUUCCAGCAGCAGGACUCCCAGGAGCUGCUGGCCUUCCUGCUGGAUGGCCUUCACGAGGACCUGAACCGUGUUCACGAGAAGCCCUACGUGGAGCUGAAGGACAGCGACGGACGACCAGACUGGGAGGUUGCUUCUGAGGCGUGGGAGAAUCACCUGAGGAGAAACCGUUCCAUUGUGGUGGACCUGUUCCAUGGCCAGCUCAGGUCACAGGUCAAGUGCAAGACCUGUGGCCACGUCAGUGCACGCUUUGAUCCCUUCAACUUCCUCUCUCUCCCUCUGCCCAUGGAUAACUCCAUGCACGUAGAGAUCAUAGUCACUAAGCUCGAUGGGUCAUGCCCAGUGCGGUAUGGGCUCCGGCUCAAUGCGGAUGAGAAGUACACAGGCCUGAAGAGACUCCUGAGUGAGCUCUGCUGCCUGAAUCCUGAGCAGAUCCUCCUGGCUGAAGUACAUGCCUCCAACAUUAAGAAUUUUCCACUGGACAACCAGAAAGUGCGUCGGGCGGUGAGCGGCUUCCUGUGUGCGUUUGAGAUCCCCGUGCCAAGUGCGCCCACGUCUGUGGUGUCCACUCCCACACAAACAGAUGAAGCUCAAGCACUAGCCUAUGGGAACGCUACCAUGGUAACUGACAGUAACUCUCUGAACCUGGGACUGAUCCCCAAGGGCAUGCCCAGCACUGUGGUUCCCUGUGGCACAGAGGGCAGCCUUGCUAACGGUCUCCCCGACGGCCCCGUGGUGCUCCCAUCAGACAGCCCCUUCACUGGGUACAUUAUCACCAUCCACAGGAAGAUGAUGCGGGCAGAGUUAUACUUCCUGUCCAGUCAGAAGAACCGCCCCAGCCUGUUUGGGAUGCCGUUGAUCGUGCCGUGUACAGUCCACACCAGGACCAGGGACCUGUAUGAUUCUGUGUGGACCCAGGUGUCACGCCUGGCCAGUCCCUUGCCCCCUCAGGAGGCCAGCAACCACGCCCAGGACUGUGAUGACAGCAUGGGCUACCAGUAUCCCUUCACCCUGCGCGUGGUGCAGAAAGAUGGCAACUCCUGCGCUUGGUGUCCGUGGUACAGGUUCUGCAGAGGCUGCACAGUGGAGUGUAACGAUGAGAGGGCUGCUGUGGGAAAUGCCUUCAUGGCUGUGGACUGGGACCCCACUGCUCUGCACCUCCGCUACCAGACUUCUCAGGAGAGGAUUGUGGAGGAGCACCCCAGUGUGGAACAGAGUCGCAGGGCCCAGGCAGAGCCCAUCAGUCUGGACAGCUGUCUGCAGGCCUUUACCAGUGAGGAAGAGCUGGGAGAAGAUGAGCUCUACUACUGCUCCAAGUGCAAGACCCACCGCCUGGCCACCAAGAAACUGGACCUGUGGAGGCUGCCGCCCAUCCUGAUAAUUCAUUUAAAACGGUUCCAGUUUAUGAAUGGGCGGUGGAUCAAAUCCCAGAAGAUUGUUAGGUUUCCCAUGGAGACGUUUGACCCCAGUGCUUUCCUGACCCCAAGAAAUGCAGACCAAAGCCAAGAGAGCUGGAGGGAUAAGCUGGGGGAGGGGCUACAUGACACAGAGGGAGGAGUGAAAAAGUCUGGGGGUGGAGACACUGUCUGUAACCCUGCCCUGACUCUCAACAAUGGGAAAGACCCUCUGUGCUCAGGGAGGAUGGCCAGCACCCCCCUCAGCAAAGACGUCUGUCCCAACUGCAGCCCUGAGAGUGAGGGCAGGAGGCAGGGCCGUGGGCUGGUGUUUCCCACGGGAAGCAGGUACCAACUGUCCCUCAGUAAGGAGAGCCUGGACAGUGGCAGGGAGAGCCCCAUGGAGCUGGAGGCCAGCAGGACGAGGAUGGGGAGCAUGGGAGAAGGCCUCAGUGACUCCACCUCUGGUGAGGACAUGGCCAGAGAAUGUGACAACACAAAGUCUGUGUCUGAGCUCAACAGCAAUGGCUACACCGAGAACAGCAUGGAUCUGGAGGCCUCCCAGGGCCAAAGAGACCUGGAUCCCAUGUACAACUUGUAUGCAAUUUCAUGCCAUUCAGGGAUCCUAGGAGGAGGCCACUAUGUGACAUACGCCAAAAACCCAAAUGAAAAGUGGUACUGUUACAACGACAGUAGCUGUAAGGAGUUGCAGUCAGAGGAGAUUGAUGCAGACUCUGCCUAUAUCCUGUUCUAUGAGCAGCAGGAAGUGGAUUAUUCUCUGUUCAUGCCCAAAACUGACGGCAAAAAGAUGGCCGACACAACUUGCAUGGACGAGGACUUUGAGUCUGACUAUAAGAAGUACUGUGUUCUUCAGUAAUGGACUGUCUGUCCAUAUGUGUCAAUGUGCUGCCGGUUCAUCGACAUGCUUGUGCUACAAAACCACCUUACUAUUUGACUGAAAUCUCUCAGGAUGAGAUGAGCUGAAGCUUAGAAAUCAUCCCUGGUGGUUAGAAGUGGACAACCAACCAUUUUUACACCUUCAUAGUGGAUGGAUCUUUUUUUUCAAGUAAUGGUACUCAAGUGUAUUUCCCGCUUGCGAUGUCAAACAAAACGGUGGGCUGUGUAUUGGUUUGUUUUGGGGAGUGACAAUGCUUAGGCCCAUGGUGUUGGUCCUAGGCCAAAUGUGACAAAUGUUGGAGUGUGUGUUUUUGUUUGUAAACCAAUGCCAGUUGCAAUAUGCCAUUAAUGUUUUGACACAUUGAUUGGUACGCUCUGCAGUUACAUCCCCUCAUUGAAUAAUACAAAAAAAUGAUUGCAGUAGAAGCAAGUGUUCACUACCUCAUCAUACCCUGCUUUGGACAGGAGUCAAAUGCAAUGUCCCAAUUCUAAAAUUCCCUUUUUUGUUGUCCUCCUCAAAUGUAAAUGAUUUAGACUCCAGACCGAUAGGCCUGGAUUAUAUUCAGUGUUUCUGAACUACAUUUAUGUAUUUGCAUUGCAAUGUAUCUUUUGUGUUUGUUUAUCGUGUCAGGUCUUUUAAGAACAAAGCCUCAGACUCUCACCGAUCUGAGAGGAUCUUCCUGUAGCAUCUGCUUUGUACCAAUUGUGUGCAGGUCCAUUCCAACAACAUAUCAGUCUGUUCCAUCACAACAUUGUGAUGUUAUCACAUCAACAGUCGUGUCAUAACAGUAUGCCACCAACAGGCUGUAUCAUUGUGCCCAAUUUAACACAAUUCUUUAUAUACACUACCGUUCUAAAGUUUGGGGUCACUUAGAAAUGUCUGUUUUUGAAAGAAUAGCACUGUUUAUUUGUCCAUUAAAAUAACAUCAAAUUGAUAAGAUA